AUGUCAGCGCCCAUAGGAGCUGAGUGCGACGACAGCAGCAGCGAUACUGAAAAUGAGGAAGAGAUGGAAAGACUUCGAGAAGCCACAUAUGUAGGGGUUUCAAGCCCUUCGAUCCGUCUCACAGCCAAAUGUAUCGCAAAGAACGAAACUUGUGGGAAAAGUGAAACCAAGAAAUUAGUAGGGAAUAAGCCGUCGUUGAGAUAUCCCCAGAAUAGUCAGGAUGAUAGCUUCAACUCUAACCUGCAUGUGACUGCUGAAGUGAAGGCAUUUAUUGCCAAAAAGCUCUCGCAGUCGCUAGAUUUGUCUAUUGAGCUCUCGAGAGACUCUGAGUUGUCUGAAGCUUAUAAGAAGGAACAUCAGUGUGAGGAGAGUUCAAAUGAUGACUUUGGGUUUAGGAUGUUUUCAAACAAGACACAAGAACAGCUAGAAGCAAAAGGAAAGGCUAAGAGACUCAAGCUUCAACAAGCAAGUAGAAUGCAGAAACAAAAGAACAGCAGUAGUGACAGUUCUGAAGAAGACGCUAGGCUUGCAGAGGCUGCAGUGUCCCCAGAAUUUAUUCUGCGCAAUAGCAGCCUGGUUUCCAUGCAAACUGAACAGGGUUCAAAAUCGAAAGCCAAUAUGGCCGACACAGAUAAUUGUUCUGUUAUUGGAAGUGAGAGAGCAGAAGACUCCAUGGAUUCUGAUCAGAGACAGAGUACAACAGAUAAAAAGAAGUUCAAGAAAAAGAAACGGCAGAAAACUGAAUUAGCCAAAGAUUCUUCUGAAGAAGAAACAGAGACAAGAGAAACAUUCAGAGAGGCUGCAAAUGGUGUCAAAAAGAAGAAGAGGAAGAAGUGCAAACACAGCCAUGCAGAUAGCUGACUAUAUGCUUGUUAUUCUUUGUUUUGUAUAGUUGUUUAGUAAGCGAGUGAAUACUGUUGAUCGUUCGUGGUGCAGUUUAUCAGUCAUGUCAGCCCCUAACCAAAGACAGGCUUGAUUCCAGCUAAUAUUCUAUUUACUGAUAUCUAUGUUUUAGGCCAACUCUCUUAACUAAUGAAGUAACUUGUUCAAAUCAAGUUCGUAGUGCUUUGCCUGCAUCAGAUUUUAUGUCCGGUAUCUGCCUAAGAGCAGUGGUUGUCCAGUGUACUCUGCCAUUUUGACUUGACCACAAUGGUGAUGUUCCACUCAAAUUUUAUGGAGUAUACACCCACAGAGUAACCCAUACAGUAACUUGCCAGAGGUCUGUGGUUUAUGCCAGGCACUUCAGUUUCUCAUAAAACUUGUGUAAGUGAAAAAUUAUUUGCUUAAAGAAAUAUCAGAGGAAAUGAAACCCAAACAAGUAGGAAUAGUGUCAAAGCUAGACCGAUGUUAUAGGUCUAAUGAGAGCACUGAGGCCAAUCUUAAAGAAGUGUUUGUUGGGAUAACUAUGUCUGGAAAACUAGAGUAGGUCAAUAGAGAUAUUUUCAUUUUUUCAUUUUGGCUAAUGAAAGAUGUGGAUUUUAACAUCAAGAGAGAUAGAAAAACAAUCUGUCAAAAGUGAAAGUGAAAACUUAACAGUAGGGUGCUUUUUGGAGCAGGGGUCAAGCUACCCUAACAAACGUAUUUUUAUAAAUGGCCUAAUAUAGCAACACCGCUGACAUUCAGCAAAGAAAAGUUGGCAUUACAGGCAGGUACAAAAUAAAUCCAGAUUUGAUACUAGUUAUGUAAAGAGGCAUUGCUGACAUCUUGCCACCACAUACAUGUCAUAUCUGAAUAUUGUAGUUCAUUUUUUUUUUUUGUGCAACACAUAUUGCUUGGGUAGAGCGUCCACUUUGGGAGUGGAAGAUCCAGAUCAAUCCUGAGUCGAGUCACACCUAAGGGGCCUCAGUGAAGCAGCACUAAAUGAAAGAGCGGUGGAAAUCCGUCCUGCAACAAGGAGACACAUAUCAUACACCCUAAAGAUUCCUUCCUUGUCAUACGACUGAAAAAUUGUUGAGUACGACGUUAAACCCCAAGCAGCCACUCACUCAUAUUGCUUGAUUCUGAUUAAUUUUUCUAAUUUACAGGGUCACUUACGAUUUUUUUUUGUUGUGAAGUUUGAUUAAUUUCUUGUAUGAAGGUAUUAGUUUAAGGCCUUCAUGUACUUAUAAAAGUGGCGUCCUCUAUGGCCUGAUGAUAUGCGCAUGACCCAGGAGCCUCUCACCAAUGCCUGCAUGUGGUUGUCGUACUUACACUGGCCGUUGUCAUUUAAGUGAAAUGUUCUUGAGUACAGUGUAGAACUCCAAUCAAAGAAAUAAAUACAUACUUUCCAUUGAUUGAUUGUUUGGGGUUAACGUCGUACUUAACAUUUCUUCAGUCGUAUGAUGACGAAGGAAUCCUUAGAAUGCAUGUUAUGUGCCUCCUUGUUGCAGGACAGAUUUCCACUGCUCUUUUAUCUAGUGCUGCCUCACUGAGACAACUUUCUGAAGGCAAGUAAGUCAGCCCAUCCAAGCCAUUAUACUAUCCCCUAAUGCUGA